GUUUCAGUCGCUUGACAAGGAACUUCUAGCCGGAGUCAAUUCAGGAAUCAAAGAGGUCGAAAGUCUCCUGAAUACCCGCGGUGCGUAGGUAAGUGUCGACAGUGUAUCAGGUCUACUUAUGGCGGAUGCGAACAUACUUCAUAGACCCAUGCUGCUGCGCUCAUGAGCGCAACUCAGUUUCCUGUCAACGAUGACCAUCCUCUGCUGUUGGAACUACAGAGCUUACGUAGUGCGGUAGCUCGUUAUCAAGUUUGCUUACCAGCAUGAAUCACACUCAACGUCUGUCAAGCUCCAAAGACAUUCUCUCGAUACGUCUCACGCUUUGGAACGUUCACAUGCCUUGGAGGUAGAGAACGCGCAGUUGAAGGAAGAGCUUGCUACUCUACGUGCAAACCCUGACUCGACACCUCAUCCGGCCUCGUUGCAAGUCCCUGAAUUGACCCUCGCGCUUCGCAAGCUCUCGGACAAGCUUACGUUCACCGAGGAUGCUCUUCUGACGCGCACAUCCGAGCUUAUACACGCUCGGGAGAUGUUCGCACAAGCUCGGCGCGAUGCCGCCGCCGCCAGCGAACUAAUAAACCAAGCGAGAGCCAGGGAGGAAGCUGCGAAGGAGCGGGAACGCGAGAUGGCUUUCAAGGCUCGCGCUGCAGAAGAGAAAAGAAAGAUGACCGACUUUGUGGUGCAAGAAUAUGCAGACCUCGUAAGGUCGCUACAAGGUCACUCUAGGACCCCAUCGGGCUCCAGCCAAAGCGCUGGUCCUGAUGGCAGCACUUCAAGCUUGACUCUUGUGGAGAGCCUGGCUGAGGGGAAAUCUGGUCUGCAACGCCUGCUGGACGAGUUUAAUGGCGAGUCAGAGAAACUUGCUACGGAGGUUCAUCGACUACAAGGCAACAUCGAGUCUUUAACCACCACUCUUGAUGGUGAACGCGAGGGUUCCCAAGACAUCCGUUCCCAGCUUUCUGACGCCCUUGUUCAAUUGGACAAAUACAAAGCUGAUGAUAAUACCGCCGCCAAGAUGGUGUCUCGCUACAUGAAAUUCUCUCAGUCAACCACUGAUUCAUUGCAGAAGGCCAUGGAUACCCUCCGUGUUCGGCACGCUGCCACGACUUCAACACUGAAUAUUCAAAUUGAACAGUUUCAGAAGGAGCUCCUUGCCGAACGGCGCGAGACAGGUACUUUGCGACGAGCAUUGGAUGAGCUCGCGGAAGACAUCUCGCGGGAGGCGUACGGUCGGCGCCGAGAAAUUUCACUCAGGUUAUCCUUCCUUAGUCGGGAGGAGAGCCUCGCGGAAAACCUUCGGCGUUGGAUCAGGAAAUCCAAAGAGGCUCUGUCGCGCGCCUCAAAUUCGAGUCAGGAGGACGCCAUUGUGAUAGCAUGCAAUAAGAUCAUUGAAGGCGCAGAGACUCUUUUGGAGUCACUUAACGGCCAGCCUACGCUUGAGGACGACUCUCCUGGAUCUAUAGCGAGGAUCAUUGCAGCAAAGGACGCUGUCUCUGUGUUGACGCAGGAAUUACAGUAUGAGACCAAUCGGCGGUUACACGCAGAACUUCAGCUUGCUGGCGUUCAGUCGACGGCUACUGAAGAUCCCGCUCCCAAGGCCGCGAAUGCUAUCCAGGCAUCUUCAAAUAUGAUUAAGGAUACUUCUCAAUCUUCAAAGAUACGUUCUCCGCAAUCAUCUAGCUCAAUAGUGCCAGCUCCGGAAUCUCCUUCACCUGAUCCUCCAUCGUUACUUGCCUCACCUGCCGCUGAUAGCCUGAUUUCACCUAUUUCACCCAACAAGCUGGAUGUGAGGCAGUUGCCCAGCGACAGUCCAUCUCCAGAUACUGUUGUAGAUGAGAUCGUCGCGGAAUCACUCGCAUCCACUAAAGCCCUGUCAGGUACUACGGAUAGGCCGUCGUCAGAGGCCGCCGUAACAACACCUACAGCUAUCCCUGAAAUCCCCACGCUGCAACCAUCACGCCGGAUUGAAAACCAAGACACUCCAACUAUCUCUUUGCCUCUAGAUACAACCAGUUCACAGCUUGAUCAGGUUCACGAUACCCCACCAGAUAUACCAGCAAUCCCUGACAUCGUUGUUGCAGCCGUGGACGCCCCUCGUGAUUCUGUUGCGAUGGGUAUCGAUGAGGGCCCUCCUGUUGACGUAAAGGUCAUUCCUUUUCCACAUCAGGAUGAACCAUCUUCGGAGGUUGAGCAAAUACUAGAUGCACCGCUGCAACUGGUCGCGGAAACGGGUACUGCGUCCGAUACCAUUCAGGCAAUCGUUUCAGUUGAUGUCAAUGCGGUUGGGACUUCAAUCGCGAACAAUGCGGACUCGGCCGUUGACAAUACUCCAGUUUCAACCGAGCGACCUUCCUUACUUGAAGCCCUUGCUGAGGUCAAACAUCGCUACGAUGAUCUCCAACGUGCAUUCCGUGAUUGCCACAUCGCCCUGCGUGAUCUCAAGAAUGAUAUAGCUGAGCUUCCGCCUUCUGCGGAAACGGUUGUCAUUCUGCAAACUGCGGUCGAACGCCUCGAUGACUACAAUGAGGAUGCUAGAGUUGAGCUGGAGAUCAGAGUGUCCGAUGAAGAGCGCGUUCACGUAGGCUACCAGACUCUCCUUUCCGUGCCUGGUGCUAUCUCCGAUGAGGUGGACAAGGAUGAAAUGGAGCAUGAGAUUCAGGCAUUUAUUGAUGGCACGGAUGCCAGCGUAUCCAGAGCAAUGCACCAAUUCGGUCGCAAGCUGGAGGACCUUCAGCACGACAUCGCAUGUGUCAAACAAUCUCUCCAUGAACUGCAAGCUUCGGAAGAAGAGUCUGAGACCAGCUCUGCAACAAAGUCAACAGGGUGGUCCGCUUGGGCAGGCGGUCUUCUCGGUUCCACAUCACCAGUCAGCCCUACACCGUCGUUUGGAUCCGUCAUGACCAGUGCAAAGCUUCGCCGUUCUUCCUCGUCGUCACAGAUGCGAAGAACAGCAAGUGAUUCGUUUUCUGCUGAUCCAUUCGCUAGUCUUGGGCUUAGGAUACCCAUGCCUGCACAUCUCAUUUCCUCAAAGCUAUCGCAUAGUCCUUAUGGCCUCCGUAGUCAAAGACCACGUACCACUUCAGCUUCAGCCAUGUAUUUGCUUGGAAUUGGAUCUCGACGACCUUCGCUUGGGGUGACGCCCACCCCUUCGAGAUCGCCGUCGAUAAAUCAGGUCGUCAGUGCAGUGGAGGAGGUGGCGGAUUCGGAUACUCCAGAAGAAUUGAACUCAGAUGUAGAGUAGAACACUUCGAAUACCAAUGCAUCUAAUAACGUUACAUUCUGAAUGUCAAGAGUCUACGUUUUUCUUAUGCACAGAGCGAUCGUGAACGCCUGCU